AUGAAAGCUGUAUUAUUAUCUGGUGUAUUUGCCGUCGUCGUCCUGAUGGUAGCGGGAGCCCCUGCUACCACAGAGGCGGAACUCCAGCAGACCAUGACCGAGCAACAAAUGGAGGACUUCCUCCGGGAGCGACGAACGCCAUAUCACGGUCAAGUGGUGUCAUCCUGCGGCCACUUACCCACGACGUCGUACGGAGGUGAAUCAUACAACCAUGGAUACCUACCACAUUCCGUGCCUCAUUACGGAUACCCAUCCCACUACCGCACCGUGGAAGACCCAGAAAUGAUGCAGUUUUCUGACAUGGACCACUUCAUGGCCGGCCAAAUGACCGGACAUGUUCCUAUGGCGAGACUAGGAGGAUACGGCGCUGCAGCUAGUGUUUCACCCAUCGCUGGUAUUGGAGGACGAGUGCUGAGUCAGGCGGGGGCUGGCACUGCCCUGGGCCUGUUCCCUAACGCGAACGUGGGAGGAUGCGGCGUGCCCCUAUUGUUCAGCUGCUCACCAUCAAUAGUGUCGGGCCAAUUGGUGCAGUCAGCUGCAGCUCAGAGCCACGCUGCCCCAGCCUACUCUGCUCCCACAAACUCCUACAGGAUGGUGGACGAACCAGUUCAGCAUCGCGCCCUUGAACAGCAUGAAGACCUACUCUCCCACGAGCAAGCCGCGAUGAACCACGAAACCAGUCAGGUUAUGCACCAAUGA